AUGAUGUCCCGUGCGGCCCUGCUGGUGGUCUUCGUCGUGGCCUUCCAGUGGAGUUCCCUCCUUAUCGAUGCUUCUCCGCAGUAUACGCCCCUCGUUCUCAUGCACGGCAUAGCGGACACAAGCGCGAGGAUGGCCCACAUUGCGGCGCUGGCCCAGCAGCUGCUGCCGGGCAUCUACGUGACCGCGCUCGAGGUCACGGGCUCGUCCGAGGGCUCCGUCUUCACCGGAAGCGACGUGGAGUUGAUUUGCAAGGCGCUGGCGGCGGAUCCCAAACUCGCGGGCGGCAUCAACGUGCUGGGCACCUCGCAGGGCGGCAUCCUGCUGCGGGGCUACCUCGAGCGCUGCAACAAUCCGCCCGUCAAGAACUUCAUCUCGUGGGUGGCCCCUAUGAUGGGCGUCUACGGCGUUCCCGUGGUGGGCCAUUGGGAGUACCUCAACGCCACGCUUGACGAUGUCGCGGACUGCUGCAUCUACGAGCAGUGGGCACAGGACCUCUUCUCCUUCGCCGGCUACUGGCGUGACCCGUACGCGCUCUCGACCUACGUGCAGGAGAAGAUCUUCCUCUCGGACAUCAACAACGAGCGGGAGGAGAAGAACCCCGUUUACAAGCAGAACGUCCUCUCGCUCGAGAACUUUAUCAUGGGCUACUCCACCAUCGACUCUGUGCUGAUUCCUCGCGAGACCGGCUGGUUCGGCGUGUACGCCAACAACACGAUCUCGUCGGUGGUUCCGCUGGAGGAGCAGCCCCUGUACAAGUACGACUACAUCGGCCUCAGGACGCUGCAGGAGACCGGCCGGUUGCACCGCUUCUCCACCACGUGCGUCCACAACGACUACACUUCCCCGUGCUUCGACAAGUACUUCAUCGCCAACGUGCUCCCCUUCAUCAACUCCACCAGCACCUAA